AUGAAGGUCUUCGGUCCGAGUGACACACUGCUAGCGGCAGCUCUUAUAACGACACUCGCCCGAGCUCACGACGGAGAAGAUGGCAAGUGGCUGCUAGAAACCUACAACGAAGAUGAAUCCUGCACCAAACUGACGUACGCCAAGCUCUGGGGAGCUCCUUGUCCCGACGGCGACAGCUGCGACAGCGAAACGGCGGCGGAUCGAGACGUGUACCUGGACACGGUGUUCAACGGAGCUCCUUUCUUGAAGAUCGAGGAAUACAGCACAAAUUGCACCGACGCCGACGAAGAGCCAGCCAUAAUGGUAGCCUACUUGGCGGACGGUGGUUGCCACCCGAACAAGUACAGCCACUUCAAGAUCGCUGAGCGCGAUAGUGGCAGGUUGUCUGGGAGGGCCGAUGUAGUCACUGAGAUCAACACAGGAAACUGUGUCACCACCGAGUUUGGAUCGUGGAGGGCCUACCUCGUCACGAAUGCAAGUGGCGCGACAAUCGACAACACGAGCGGAAGCACGACAGCUGGCUCUUCCAGCUCCACGGAUUCUACGUCAGGAAGUGCGACAGGUUCUUCCGGGUCCACAACGUCCGCUACGCCAUGGCCAGCCACGUGCCGUCGGAUCGACGGGGUUCUGGAUUUCGACGAGAAGAAUCUUUUCGACUUGUUGCUGCCUGAAGACGGCGCUACGCUGGAGGCCUUGCUAGCGUCCUCUAGCCCAUUUAUGAUCGAGCUGUCGUUUCUCGCUGGCCUGCUUGACAGCGAGUUCGGUGCUGCUGCUACAGUGGUGCAAUCUGGAAGCUUGGAUCUUAUGAAGAAAAUGUGGGAGAAGCACGACCAGCUCACGGAGCCGGGUGCCUGGAUGAAGGAAUGGCUGGACGGAAUGACUGAGGCGUGUCGGACAGGAAAUCUCGCUGUUUUGCAGUGGAUGGUGGAGCACCCGUCAGGUCGAGCGGCUGUCGAGUUCAUCCAUUCUCAGGAGGGAGUAACCCCUGGCUUGUACUACGCUGCAGAUGGAGGCCACCUCGAUUCGAUGCAGUACCUCGUCGAGCAAGGGCUCGCUACCGAUUUUGGGAGCGCCUUACUUUGCGCGAUUCGCAGAGGCAACGUGGACGCUGUAAAGUGGCUGGUAUAA